GGAAGGGUUCAUUCUUCGCCUGCCUGCCCUUGCCUCAUCAGUACAUACAUCCAUCACUGGCAUUGGGGAGACUUCUUCCAGAUUCCAGCAUACAGAGGAGACCAGCUGAGACACCCAGCCCCGCGGGACUGAGCAACUGCUAAGACUUUCCAUUCACGGCCAGCCACUGUUGGAUUAGGGGAGGAGCCCGCUCGGCACUGUUUACCUGCCCGGCCCAAACGCCUUGGUGACCAAACCACCAGUCCCAUUCUGCCUGAGGUAACCCAGAGCUGAGGUUGCCUGACCACUGCCCCUACUGCCUAGGGCUUUGUGCGACUUUCCUGGGAACGCUUCAAGUUGUCUGACACCACAGACCACGGGAACCAUGGUCCAUGGAUGCAAAGGGUUCCAGUUCCAAAACUGGGCGAAGACCUAUGGCUGCUGCCCAGAGAUGUAUUACCAGCCCACAUCAGUGGAGGAGGUCAGAGAGGUGCUGGCCCUGGCUCGGCAGCAGAACAAGAGAGUGAAGGUGGUGGGCGGUGGCCACUCCCCUUCAGACAUCGCCUGCACUGAUGGCUUCAUGAUCCACAUGGGCAAGAUGAACCGGGUUCUGGAGGUGGACGCGAAGAAGAAGCAGGUGAAGGUAGAAGCUGGUAUCCUCCUGGCUGACCUGCAUCUACAGCUGGACAAGCAUGGGUUGGCCAUGUCCAAUCUAGGAGCGGUGUCCGAUGUGACAAUUGCUGGCGUCAUUGGGUCUGGCACACAUAACACGGGGAUCAAGCAUGGCAUCCUGCCCACCCAGGUGGUGGCCUUGACCCUGAUGAAGGCUGACGGGACAGUUCUGGAAUGCUCCGAGUCAAGCAACGUGGAGGUGUUCCAGGCUGCACGAGUGCACCUGGGCUGUCUGGGCAUCAUCCUCACCGUGACUCUGCAGUGCGUGCCACAGUUCCACCUCCAGGAGACCUCCUUCCCUUCAACCCUCAAGGAGGUCCUGGACAACCUAGACAGCCACCUGAAGAAGUCAGAAUACUUCCGCUUCCUCUGGUUUCCCCACAGUGAGAACGUCAGCAUCAUCUACCAAGACCACACCAAUAAGCCCCCCUCCUCUGCAUCUAGCUGGUUUUGGGACUGUGCCAUCGGACUCUACCUAUUGGAAUUCUUGCUCUGGAUCAGCACCUACUGGCCAUUCCUCGUGGGCUGGAUCAACCGCUUCUUCUUCUGGCUGCUGUUCAGCCAUAAGAAGAAGAGCAGCAACCUCAGCCACAAGAUCUUCACCUACGAGUGUCGCUUCAAACAGCACGUCCAAGACUGGGCCAUCCCCAGGGAGAAGACCAAGGAGGCCCUGCUGGAGCUGAAGGCCAUGCUGGAGGCCCACCCCCAUGUGGUAGCCCACUUCCCCGUGGAGGUGCGCUUCACCCGAGGUGAUGAGAUCCUGCUGAGCCCUUGCUUCCAGAGAGACAGCUGCUACAUGAACAUCAUCAUGUACAGACCCUAUGGCAAGGAUGUGCCUCGGCUGGACUACUGGCAGGCUUAUGAGACCAUCAUGAAGAAGUUUGGAGGCAGACCCCACUGGGCAAAGGCCCACAAUUGCACCAGGAAGGACUUUGAGAAAAUGUACCCUGCCUUUCGAAAGUUCUGUGACAUCCGCGAGAAGCUGGACCCCACUGGAAUGUUCUUGAAUCCGUACCUGGAGAAGGUGUUCUACUAAAACAGGAGUAGCAGAAGCCACCCCCACCCCUCACGGUCCUGCGACCUUUUGGGGGGGGGAGAUAGAACAGGGUCCCACAGGCACAGUAGGGGCCGACCUCCUCUCCUGACCACACAGAAGGGCUGGGCUCGGGGUGGGGCCUCUCUGCCCCUUUCUCCACCGUCAUCAAAGCACCCCAGGCAAGAGGCAGCCUCUCAGUCAAGUUCCUGUUUGCACACCCGUGAAUCCCACAGGCUGGGGAUUUGGUCAUUCCUAGGCUCUGUCAGCCAGGUGCAGUGAGUUUCCUGCGGCCUGAAGUUCCCCAGCCCUCUCCAGAAGGAAUCCCUUAGCGAGAGUUUUAGCACAGGGCUGGCGUGGAGCAUCCUCUGCAUUCUUUUAUCUUUAAAAGCUCUUCUGGAUGCCCAGCGACUGUCUGGUCCUGGGUAAACCAUCUUCCAGACGGUUCCCACUGGCCUGCCGUGCCUGGCCCUCACAGUGCCUCUUUCAGCAUCCCUGGCCUCUUCUGUGUGCUUCCCUCCCCUCGCCUCAGAGACAGGUCUUAAAAGCAGGAGUCUCACCAUGGUUUUCCCCAGGUACCGUUCUCACCUUCCCCUUCACAAGGGUGAUUUCAGUUUGCUCUGUGACCUUUCUAGAGUGUUCCCUGGAGAACCAAGAUUCUCCAGCUGCUUUGUAAAAAUUAAAAGACUCUGAAGAUAUUGUUCUGCCUUGAGAA